CACACUCUGACGGACAAUCAUCAGUUCAACUUCUGGUGUCCCAAAAGCCCAUUCGCGGAUCCCACACCCUCGCGCAAAGCCUGAACUAGCUCAUCAUACAUCAUACAACUAUCGAAACCUCGCACAAACAAAACAAGCAGCCCCCCCCAACCUCUUCAACAAGCGAAAUGAAGCUCACGGCUGGCGUCUUCAGCGCCGCCCUCGGCCUCGCCUUCGUCGCCAACGCCGCCCCGGCGGCCUUGCCCGAGAACCUGGCGCCCGUCCCCUCCGCCAGCGCCAACGCCACCUCCAUCUCCCCCCUCGCCGCCAACAAAUCAGCCGAGUUGCCGAGCUUUCGUGACCCCUAUAGAAACCCCACACACGGCAACAGCGCCUUCUGCGAGUACGUGAACUUCCCGCUGGUAAGCGUCGCUACUACCUACGGGCUCAUGAGCAAGGCCGGCGCCCCGGUCCCGGACAUCACCAGUACGUGCGGCGCCCUGUGGGACAACCUGCGCCGCUUCCCGAGCUGCGCGCUCGUCUUCGGGCCGUGGUGCGGACCACACCCAAAGCUGGACGGCGUGCUCACUUGGAAGCUCACUCUCCCCGCCUACUGCAACCGCGGCAUGGUCGAGUCCGCGUGGUGGGAGGCGACCUUCAACCGCUUUGGCGGCCUCGACUGCGUCGGCGUCGAUCAGCUGGAGUAUCCCUUUUUUUAA